AUCAGAACCACUCCAAAAUGGCAGAGUCAGCCGAGGCCGUGGUAGCUAACCUGAGCAGCAGGAGGAAUGUCACCAUUGAGAUCACCAAUCUCACAAACAACUACUGUCUCAUCAACCCAAAGGUAUUCCUGGAGAGUGGGGAUACCUACCACCCUCCCCAGCCCACAGUGCGCCCCCUAAAGACCGAAGUCUGCACGUUCAGCAAAUCAAGCGCCAAGGCAACGGGCAGCUAUGGCGUUCUGACCUAUGACCUCUUUGAGAAGUCCCGGAACGACUACAUCGAGACGGUGGCCCUCAUGUUCGGUGUGCCCUGGGACUACAACAUCUACAAGAACUGGUUCGCCGUGGGCAUCUCCAACAAGGGCCGAGCCUGUGAUGCGUCACUGUAUAAAGAGAUGUACAACGAAAAGACCCAGAAAGGUUUCAUAAGAGAAGAAGCCAAUGGCUCAGGGAUCACCUAUGAAGGGAACUACCUGGACAUCAAGGCCACCAUGUCCCCCAUGGGCAGGGCCAUCAUGAAGGUGGAGGUAUGGGACAAGCUGUUCACUCCCAGCCAGCAGACCCACUAAGGGGAACAUCCAGCCUCCACCCUCUCCACCAGCACUACAGUAUACCUCUGCUGUGUUGUACCUCUGUAACCAAUCCAUCCACCAAUAGAUAUUACUAUUCUGCCGUACUGCUACUGUUUGUAUGUUUUGUUGCUGACAUGUCUGAAUUUCAAGACAACACCUUUCAGUAAAUCUGCUUAAGAUCACAGUUUAGUUUGCUUAUGAAUCCAGGCAGAAGCGAUAUCUGCUCUUUUCUGUAGAAGUCACUGUUCUGUUCAUCUCUCAGUAGCAUCCUCUUUCAACUGGCAUCUUCUCUAGAAAUGUAAAUCAA